AUGAUUACUUUCAACGUGUGCAGCGGCCUGGCACUUCCUUUGGUUAACUUCGAGGCUGCGCUCGGGACGAAAGCCGGCGGUGCCCUGUCCAAGUUAGUCGAGGAGUCGCUUAGCUCGGGCGUCGAGGCGAUGGCGAGCAUCGCCGGGGAGAACCUAGACAGCGAGAGGCCGGCGGACCUGCUCAGGUCCACGAGGUUGAUGCUCAGGCAUCAGAAGACGUCGAGGCGUACGGCGAGAGCUUGUUCCUUGUUGAGGACUGGCACCGGAACCACAACCGCAUCCGUGGAGGUGGGGCCGGCGACGGCGGUACUGCCUUACCCGACCCAGGUUCUGGAGUCGUCGCGCACCCCUUGUGCCACUGAUUGCGACUGGCAUCAGUCGGGGUUGACGCCGUCGCGGCCGUCAUUCCACCGCCGAUCGAGGUCGUGGUCCCCAAUGAUUGAUCUCGAUCUCGCGAAAGUCUGUUAGCUCUACGGCCGGGGGAGGCACAAUCGAAGACGAUUCUACGGCAGCCGUAAUCACAGGCUGAAAAUCAGGGAUCGUCGUGGGGAUUGGGUCUACGUCGACAGACGGAAAAGCACAAAUCGGCCGCACUACACCGGAAGUGGUGGAGGGGACGCUCGGACACGAAGGUACUAUACCGUCGGAUCCGGUGGGCUGGACGCCAGAAGUCGAAGGUACAACGCCGACCGAUGCGACGGACUGGAAGCCGAGAGUCGAAGGUACAACGCCGACCGAUGCGACGGACUGGAAGCUAGAAGUCGC